AUGUGGCUUCAGGAUUCGGAAGAUGUAAGGAAGAACUUCCUUGCUGCCUUGGAAAGUGCCCCUCUCGGUACCACCCCUGAGAAGGUUCAGAACGGCAAGGACUUCUACAAGUUAUUCGCGACUCAGGGCAAUGCUCUGCUCACAUCCGUGUACAUUCUCGCCGACACCUACGACAAUGAGAUGAUCUUCCGCGCGUUCGUUCGCGAUCUCAUGAACCGACAUAAGGAACGAGGACUUGACCCCAAGCUGUGGAAGGAAUUCUGGGGAAUCUUCGAGAAAUUCCUGGACGGGCGAAAAGCACUCACUGCUGAUCAGAAGACUGCCAUUGAGACUCUCGGCACAAGGUUCAACGACGAAGCUCAGAAGCAACUGGCUGUCCUCGGACUUCCACACACAUAA